AUGAAACUCAACCAAAUGGAAAUUGACUUGUGCAAAAAACCUAUCAAUGAGCUCUUCAAAAUUCCUUUAUAUGUUUUUGCAAUCUCAAGUGAAUGUCCUAAAAAUUUAACUUCAAAAUUGCGAUACGAAAUCACUCAUGACACUGGAACUUCCUGCCUUGAAAUUGAUACAAAAUUAAGUCGAAAACAUUAA